UGCUUAUUUUCGGAGUUUUAUUUGUUUUUUUUUAAAUUAUGAAUUACCCCCUUUUUUGAAAAGGGUGGGCUUUACGCCGCUACCCGUGGGGCGCCCCUCAUGCAUAAUUAUAGCUGUCAACUUUUCUACUUUCGGUUUGCUGAGAAAUAGUUCUCUGCUAUUCAUUCUUAUUGCUUAAUAUUCGCUCGUUUUUUAUUGCAAAGCUUUAUGAAAAGUAAACAUGAAGUAUUAUUAGUGCACUAAUGUUCCAAAAAAUAAUGAAAACACUUUUUAUUUUAACCAAAUUACUACGCCGCUAUUUAUAGAAUGAAAAUUUGGAAGGUCAAAUGUGUUAGCAAAACAAAUGUGGAUACUCAUUGGAUUUUAACCAUUCUUCUUAAUUUAAGACUGGAUAUACGCGUGUUUUUAAAGUAAGUUAAUAUUCAGUCAUCUUACUGUCAGAGACCAGUCUGUUUCGCUUUAAAAUGUUUGUUUUCCGGAAGAGUAAAUGCCACGCUAGUUUGUUGACACAUUUUGAGAUGUGGGUGGGGUAAAAAAUAUCGGAUCUAUCUAUAAAUUGUUGUGUGAAUUCUCCAGGAAGCUCAUUUUACGUACUACAACGGUUAACAGUUCAAAAUACAUUUGAACGAUGAUAUAAAAUUUUUAUUUAUGUUCGAACAGUUGUUUUUGUCUGUAAUUUGUUUGGAAUGAAAGCAAAUGUUCGAACAUUCGGCUUCAAAGAUCAGUAAAAUGUUUGAUAAACGGGAUAACCGGUAAUAAACGGUAAGUUGUUAAUUUCCAAUUAUAUAUUUAUUUAAAUUUAUAAAAUAUUUCUUUAUUUUUUUAAACAUUUUUUGACAUAAUUUACUGAAGUCCAGUGUUCUGUUUUGACCAAGGCAAGUACAUGUAACAACAAAGGAUUUUAAAAGUAGUUCUGAAAAUUGAUAUUUUCACUCCUUAUUUUGCAGUGAAAAUAUCAAAUUGAUAUUUUCACUGUUGUUAUUUCACUGUUAAAACCCCAUAUUUCAUCGUAAAGCAUGAAAGAAAGAAUACUUAAUUGUGCAAAGAGAUCUACGCAAAUCGUUGGGAAGGCGAGACACUUCUGCAGGCACCUACCGUAGUAUUGUUUAAAGUGAUGAGACGGAAUCUUACUUUGGAUUUGAGGUUUGUUCGAAUAAUUUAGAGCGCAUUCUUGCCUUCUGAUGUUGUAUUUAUUUUUUUUUAAAAAUACGAUCAAAGAUGAUUGUUAUUUACCGUCACUAUGAUAUAAUCUAGUUGGAGAGGCAAGGUGUUGUUACAUUGCAUAUAUUUAUUCAUUUAAAGGCAGAAAAUAAAUACGCUGAACUUAUAGAAGAAGACGAGCAUAAAAAAUUGGCAUUAUUUUCGAAGGUUCAAAAUGGAUCUUCAUAGAAAGAAGAUGCACAAGGUAAAACGAUGCCUGCGAACACAGUUUUUGCCGCUGCCAUGAGACAUUUGAAAAACCAUUUUAUGGAACAGGCUCAAGAAAGGGUUAAGCUCGAGGAGCAUGAAGUUCGAUGGGUGAUUACCGUCCCUGCAAUCUGGAACGAUGCUGCUAAACAAGUCAUGAUAGAAGCGGCUAAAUUGGCUGGAAUAAGAAAAUAUAAAUUAACACUUGCAUACGAGCCGAAAGCUGCGGCUAUUUACUGCAAACAAAUAAGACUUGCAAAGCUUAGAGAACAGGGCAAAGAUGCAACAAUUCAACCAUUUCCGCCGGGAUUUAAGUUUCUCGUUCUCGAUCAUGGAGGUGGAACUGUUGACAUUACCGCACAUGAAGUGCAAAGAGACGGCACUCUGCAGGCACUGAUUGAACCUUCAGGCGGUGAAUGGGGAGGCACCCUUGUCGAUGAUGGUUUUUUACGAAUAUUCGAAGGCCUCUUUGGGACGGAUUUUAUGACAGACCUAAAGACAAAUAUUAAAAUCGCUGACUCCAAACGUGAACUGGAUGCCGAAAUUGAAAUAAAAAAGAAAACAAUUGUUGGAAAAAGGCAUAAGAACUUCAAGGCUGAAGGCGUUAUUACAUUUAGACUACCACAUGCAAUGAAGAAAGCAAAAAAGUCUGCUCAGUUGAAAAGCGCUCUGGCUAGCGAACAUUUCAUGGGAAAGCUGAGCUUAAAGAGGAUAAAAUUCGGAUUCACAAUUCCUUCUUGUUGUCUGCCUUUGAAAAUUCAGUUUCAAAAAUAGUAGCACAUCUUCGAAUUCUGCUGAGAAAAACCGAGUUGGCAAGUUUGAAUGCUGUAGUAAUGGCGGGUGGAUUUUCAGAGUCGAAAGUAGUAAAGGAAGAAGUCAUGGAAAGUCUUAAAAACACCCCGAAAUAGAGCUGAUUGUUCCUGAGCAUGGUGGUUUAGUUAUUGUGCAAGGAGCUGUAUCAUAUGGAUUUAACCCCAAAAUUAUAUCAACCCGGAAACCAAGAUACGCUUAUGGCAAGUUAACUUUUUAU